CGCCCGGCUUGGGGCGCCCCCUCUCCCUGCUUAGGGCGGGCGCCGGAACAGUGUCGCCGGCCGCCUGCAGGUGUCUCCCCACGGAGGGGCGCGCGUCCCUGCGCCGUGGCCGCUGCCAGGCUCCAGCGGCUCCUCGCCGAGGUGCACUCGCGCUCCGGGCUCCGGGCGCGCCGGAGCCGCUCGGCCGCUGCCGCCCGCCCCCCGCGCCCCCCGCGCUCCCCGCGCCGCGCCCUCACCCCGGGGCGGGGGAGGGCAUGGGCCCGCGCGGCGUCCUCCGCCGCCGAUCCAAGGCGCCCGAGCCCCGGGGCGCGGCGGGCAGCGGCCGCUGACGCGGGGCGCCGGCUGCCAACUUCGCGCGCGGAGCUCCCCGGCGGCGCGGGCGGCAUGAAGACGAGCCGCCGCGGCCGAGCGCUCCUGGCCGUGGCCCUGAACCUGCUGGCGCUGCUCUUCGCUACCACCGCCUUCCUCACCACGCACUGGUGCCAGGGCACGCAGCGGGUCCCCAAGCCCGGCUGCGGCCAGGGCGGGCGCGCCAACUGCCCCAACUCGGGCGCCAACGCCACGGCCAACGGCACCGCCGCCCCCGCCGCCGCCGCCGCCGCCGCCGCCGCCGCCGCCGGGAACGGCCCCCCUGGCGGCGCGCUCUACAGCUGGGAGACGGGCGACGACCGCUUCCUCUUCAGGAAUUUCCACACCGGCAUCUGGUACUCGUGCGAGGAGGAGCUCGGCGGGCUCGGUGAAACAUGUCGCAGCUUCAUUGACCUGGCCCCAGCAUCGGAGAAGGGGGUCCUGUGGCUGUCGGUGGUGUCCGAGGUGCUGUACAUCCUCCUGCUGGUGGUCGGCUUCAGCCUCAUGUGUCUCGAGCUCUUCCACUCCAGCAAUGUCAUCGACGGGCUCAAGCUCAACGCCUUCGCAGCUGUCUUCACGGUGCUGUCCGGCCUCCUGGGAAUGGUCGCCCACAUGAUGUACACACAGGUGUUCCAGGUCACCGUGAGCCUCGGCCCUGAAGACUGGAGACCCCACUCCUGGGACUACGGAUGGUCCUUCUGCCUGGCGUGGGGCUCCUUUACCUGCUGCAUGGCAGCCUCCGUCACCACACUCAACUCCUACACCAAGACGGUCAUUGAGUUCCGGCACAAGCGCAAGGUCUUUGAGCAGGGCCACCGGGAGGAGCCGACCUUCGUAGACCCUGAGGCCAUCAAGUACUUCCGGGAGAGGACACCACCCACACAUGGGAGAUUCCUGGCCGCGGAGCUCCGCUCACGAGAUGCCGGAGCUGAACCGUCAGUGCUGGGUCCUGGGGCACUGGGUGUGACCCAGCCUGGCCCCCGGACCUCAGGCGGUCGUCGGAACCGGCCCCCUGCCAGAAGACCACCGGUCUGGCGCCCCUGGAGACCCGGCCCGUGUGCUGUGAACCGAUCCAGCCUGUGUGGGAGACGCAGGCCUACCCUUCCCACCGCUGUCCGGGGCUCGGGGCCCUGGCAAUGGAGCCGGGGUGGCCUGAGGGAAUGCGCAGGGCUGCGCACGGCGACUCUGGGACAGCAGCUCCCGACCCUUGCUGCCGUCACAUGCGGCGCCCUGUUCGGUGCAGCUGGGACGCCAGGAGAGGCAAGGUCAUCGGCCGCUGAGGGCCGGCCAGGAAGUUCAGGAGGGGCCGGGCGGUGUGGAGCCCCGCGCGACGCAGGGAGUGGGUGGGGCCUCCCGGCGCUGGCUCCGCAGGGGGGAGGGGGGUCACACAGCAGGCACAUGGCACAAUAAAUGCUUGUUGAACCUGUCGUCUUGCUGUGUGUGGAGGCCAGUUGCUCUCUGGGCUGUGGCUGCCCCCCGUGGCCCCACCCUGUCGGGUCCUCAAGGAACCUGAAGGUGAGACGGCCUGAGUGUGCCGGGGUCAGGGCCAGACACUGAGGUUCGGGAAGGAAGGAGAGCAGAGUGUAGCUGGGUCUAGGGGGUUGGGUCGGGGUGGAGCCAGGCUGGCAGGCCGCCCUGGAUUCCGGAGGGUGGGCGAGGUGGGCGUGGGUCAGGCAGGUGGAAAAUUUGGGAGACAGGCCCUCAAGCCCGGGCCCUACGCUGCCCUGACCCCCUGGGGACCCUUUACCCUGUGUCUGGAGCUACCUUUACAUCAAGUCCUAGGGCUCAGAUGCCUGGGGAAACAGGCCUAUUGUAAAGAUGAGAGAGCUUAGAGUCACAGAGAUGAAGUAACCUGCCCAAGAUCACAGAGCUAGCAAAUGGCAGAAUUGGGGUCUGAACCAGAGCCUCAUCUCUUCCCAGAAGGAAUUCUAGAGCUUUCCCCCAAGUAGAGAAUGUUCUUUGCCCUUCCAUCCACCCAUCAUUCGUUCAUCACCCAUCCAUUAUCUACCCAUCAUCCAUCCAUCCAUCAUCCACUCAUCCAUCC